CACAUGGACUUGGACCAAAACUGAAAUUAGCCAACGCUGUAAGGUUAAGAUUUUAUAUACCAAUAGAAAUUUUGUUGCUUCUGCCCCCACGGGGUCAGGGAAAACUGUACUUUUUGAGUUGGCUAUCAUUCGAUUACUCAUGGAAUCUACUGAGCCUUGGCAGAAUGUGAAAGCAGUAUACAUUUCACCUAUUAAAGCGCUAUGUAGUCAGCAAUAUGAAAACUGGAAACAAAAGUUUGGAAGGUUAGGACUCAACUGUAAGGAGUUAACUGGAGACACAGAGGUAGAUGACCUCUUUGAGAUUCAAAAUUCUCAUCUCAUCAUGACAACACCGAUUGGCCCUGUCUCAGAGGAGAGGGUGAGAAUGUGUCUAUCCACACUGUCAGCUAACAAAGCCACGGGUCAAGACCUGAUUCCUUCCAGAAUGCUGAGCGACAGUGCCAAUGUAACUUCUAAGGAAAAAUGGGACAGCAUGACGAGAAAGUGGAAGGACAACUGCUAUUUACAGCUGAUACAGCUGUUUCUCAUUGAUGAGGUACACGUGGUAAAAGAUACACAACGUGGAGCUACAUUGGAGGCAGUGAUUAGCAGAAUGAAAGCCAUGAACACUUGCCGUGGGUUUGAAGAUCAAAGGUCAAACACAAGAUUUGUUGCUGUGUCUGCUACCAUUCCAAAUAUUUUAGAUAUAGCAUGCUGGUUAUCUGACAGUGUGGGGCCUGCAACUUGUAUCGAAAUGGAUGAGAGCCACAGGCCGGUAAAACUCAGGAAAGUGGUGUUGGGUUUUCCAUGUUCCAACAGUCAAACAGAGUUCAAGUUUGAUCUUUCCCUCAACUACAAAAUGGCCAACAUCAUUCAGACCUAUUCAGACCAGAAACCAUCACUUGUGUUUUGUUCUACAAGAAAAGGAGUUCAGCAGUCAGCAGAGGUACUUGCCAAGGAUGCCAGAUUCGUUAUGAGCAUUGAUCAUAAAGAAAGGCUGGUCAAAUAUGCAGAUUCUCUAAUUGACUCUAAACUAAAAGAUUUAGUUUUGUUUGGUGUUGGAUAUCAUCAUGCAGGCAUUGAUGUAUCUGACAGGAAAGUGAUUGAAGAUGCUUUUACAAAGGGAGAUCUACCUGUACUCUUCACUACAAGCACUCUGGCAAUGGGAAUGAACCUUCCAGCUCAUCUUGUGGUGAUCAAAUCCACGGCACACUAUGUAGGGGGUACAUGCCAAGAGUACAGUGAGGCAGAUAUUCUUCAGAUGACUGGUAGAGCAGGCAGACCACAGUUUGACACUUCAGCAACUGCCGUGAUUAUGACAAAAUUGCAAACAAAAGACAAAUACACCAAGGUAUUAAGUGGAGCAGAGACUAUCGAGAGCAGCUUGCACUUAAACUUGCUGGAACACCUGAACGCCGAGAUAGUUCUUCACACCAUCUCUAAUGUAAACAUGGCACUGGAUUGGAUCCGCUCCACAUUCCUGUAUAUCCGUGCCAUGAAAAAUCCUGCACACUAUGGAUUCACUUCGGACCUGGAUAAACUUGGAAUUGAAGCAAAAUUGCAAGAUUUGUGUUUGAAAAAUUUGAUGGCACUGUCUGAUGUUGGUCUGAUUACCAUGGAUGAGGAUGUCAACAUUAAACCAACAGAAACGGGGAAACUGAUGGCAAGAUACUGUGUGGCAUUUGACACCAUUAAAUAUUUCACAAGUAUAUCUGGCAUGGAAUCUCUGUCUGAUUUGGUUACCAUGGUGUCUAAGAGUAAGGAGUUCAGUGAUAUACAGCUGAGAGUGAACGAGAAACGCAUCCUGAACACAUUGAAUAAGGAUAAGAACAGGAUAACAAUCAGGUUUCCUAUGGAGGGAAAGAUAAAAAACAAUGAAAUGAAAGUGAAUUGCCUGAUUCAGGCCCAACUAGGGUGCAUCCCUGUCCAGGACUUUGGACUCUCACAGGACAUGAGCAAAAUAUUCAAAAAUGGUGUUAGAGUGAGCAAAUGUCUUGCAGACAUUCUUUAUCACCUUCCUCAAAGGAAUUUUUCAGCACUGCUGAGUGCAUUGAUACUUGCAAAGUGCUUUCGGGCAAAGCUGUGGGAAAACUCUCCUUAUGUCUCCAGGCAGUUGGAUAAAAUUGGGCUAUCCCUGGCCACAGCUAUGGUGAAUGCAGGACUGACAACAUUUUCUAAGAUUGAGCAGACUAAUACCAGAGAGCUUGAACUGAUUGUCAACAGACAUCCGCCUUUUGGAAACCAAAUCAGAGAGCGCAUACUUUCACUGCCAAAGUAUGAACUUCGCUUGGAACAGCUUCCAGUGUACAGCAACUCAGCAGCAGAAAUUUCAGUCACUGUGAACAUGAGAAAUUUUGAUCAGCUGAUUGCUAAAAAAACACCUCUGAGCCACCAUUACAUUACAGUCAUCAUUGGAGAUUGUGACAAUAAUGUGGUGUUCUUCCAGAAACUCUCUGAUACUGUUUUUAUGAAAUCAGGAACUUGGUCAAGGAAAAUUUGCAUUGCAAGGGCUGCCAAAGGAGGGGAAAUCAGCGUAAACUUAAUAAGCUCUGAAUAUGUUGGACUAGAUAUUCACCAAAGAGUUAGUGUUUUCUACUCUGCAAAACCAUUUGGAGUUGGAAACUCUGGCCGUGAGAGUUCUCUGUCCUCAAUUUCGAAAGGAACCAGUAUGACUGUGGAUGACCCAGUAGAAGUCAUCAGUCAAGAUCACAGAGCACAGACCACAACUCUCACAAACAAUGUGAACUGCACAGAUGCUUUACAUAAAGAUUCCCCAAAGCUGAAAAUAGAAAAACGACAAUGCAACCACUUCUGUAAGAACAAGGAGCAGUGUGGUCAUGACUGUUGUAAAGUGGGUGUGCAGGUUGUACUAAAAAGAACAGUAAAACCAGUAUUGCACUUUUCAUCUUACCUCAGAGACCUUGUGAGCAGAAAUGAGACAUUCAUGGAAACUCCCGUCAAACGUUUAAAGAUGAGAAUGCACCACAGGAGUGAAACAGCAAAAGUACAACAGUACAUUUUGCCCGCUGCCUCAAGAUCUGACCAGAAACAUGGAUGCACUGAAAUUAGAUCCCAGGCUGUAGACUUUUCAGAGGACUUUCUUUCAGCAGAAAAUAUGUUUCAUCUUGAACUCCACCAAGAUGUUUCAGAUUGUACACAAGAAGAUCAGAGCGCUGUGACAAGAACUUGGGAGGCCAAUCAUUUUUCUGAAAGUGCCAGCUCCAAAUCUAUUCAUCACAAUGGAAGUCACCCCUCAUCUGACCCUUUCUCUGUAAAUUUUGCCCUGGGAGUGGAAGACUGGAGUCAUCACAGUAUUGAGCACUUGUACAACAAUCAUCGAACAUCAUUAUGUCCUGCAAAAGAAAUGCUUGUGGGAGACUUUACAAAUGCUCCACCAUGUGCUGCUACUAUCAAAACAUCACCAUCUAAUCAUGCAAAUGAUAUCCGUAAUGGAACGCAGAAUUUCUUUACAAAGAGGAUGACCAAAGGAGGUGGCAUCAAGUGCAGCUUACUGGGCGAUAAUGACUGCACAGAAUUUGAAGAUUUUCUUGGAAUAUUUGAUGGACUCCUUUAGAUUUUACCACCAACAUGGUUGUUUUACACCACUGUUUUACUUUUAUUGUGAACCCCUGGAGUUGUUAAGAUUUCUUCAAAAAGCUAGUAUGUUUUCAUAUUUUUAUACUAGGCUUUUCCCCCUUUGUUUUUACAAGAGAUCACAUUAGGCCCUAAUUUUAGUUGUCUUAUAAUGACUGAAUAACUUAGUCCAUUAACAAAGUAAACACUGACAUAUGCAUUUUUGUUUUAAUUGUUGUCUUUUCUCAUGAAUGUUAUCCUAUGAUUAAAAUAUUUUUUUUUGUUAAGUAUUGAACGUGAAUCAAAUUGUAGUUUGAUACAAUGUAAAUGACUACAUCUUCUGUUCUGUAUUGUUGGAGGGGGAAAAUACCACAAGUUGCAUAAUAUGCCAUACAUUUGCAUAAUUGUAUUGAAAAAAUCUUUUCACUAAUUAUCAUUGUGAGAUUUGUUUUGCUUGCUGUCUUGUUUAGUUUUUAUUUACGUAAAAUGACCACUGAUGACAGUGGACAAAGUUCAGCACUAGAGUGACCAAGGCUAAAAAACACUGUUCUAUGUAUAUUUACUUUAGUACUUCAUAAAUCUUUAUUAAUUAUU